AAAUUACAAACAAGAACCUGAUGAAAAGGAACAAUACAUCGACGCCUUCACAGAUCCUCUUCACUGACACUCCAGUUCUUCUUCUCCGAUCACCGCCGCCAAAGUGGAUCGAGAGAACCAAAGCUGAUACUUCAUCAGCCGAUAAGGUGUUGAGGGGCUAAGGGUGUGGGGUGGUGGUUGGGGAGGUCAAACAAAGCCCAAGCCUAAACUAAACAGACACAGCCACAUUCCGCGCAGCGCAUUGCACACCAAUCUCCAUCUCUUCCGCCUCCUCCCUCUCCAGAAGCCCAAACCCUAGACCAUUCCCUUCCCUCCCGCCUCCGAUCGCCAUGUCCGCCGCUCAACUGCUACGCCACUCCCGCAAGCUGCGGAGUUUGCACAAUGCUAUAGAUUGUGAGCGUUCUACUCUUGUUCGGCACUUCUCUAGUGGUUCUGGCUCCUUUCUCGUGAAGGAAAAUGUUUCCUCAGGUGUUGGAAAAAGAACUGGGGGCACCAGUUUUUCCCAAUACAACCAACCUGAGAAAGAGCUUGAGACAUUCAAGGUAUCACUAGGAGUAAACAGAAGCUAUACCUGGAGAAGAGCUCCCAGCAGCAGUGUCCUGAAUUCUAUUGGUGGCCUCAAUGGUUCAUUCUUGAGUGGAAAGGUGGCAUCAGCACGGUCAUUCUCAAGUAGCACAGACUUGCCACCACAUCAGGAAAUUGGGAUGCCGUCGCUCUCACCUACAAUGACUGAGGGAAACAUUGCCAAGUGGCUUAAGAAGGAAGGAGACAAGGUCUCCCCUGGUGAGGUCCUCUGCGAGGUGGAAACUGAUAAAGCCACCGUGGAGAUGGAAUGCAUGGAAGAGGGUUAUCUCGCUAAGAUUAUUCUAGGCGAUGGUGCUAAGGAAAUUAAAGUUGGCGAGAUCAUUGCUAUAACUGUGGAAGAAGAGGGUGACAUUGAGAAGUUUAAGGAUUAUAAGCCUUCAUCUUCAGCUGAACCUGCAGCUCCUGCUGAAUCAAAGGCUCAACCUGAACCUUCGCAGCCAAAGGUGGAGGAGAAAGAGCCUACCAAGGCUCCUGAGUCCAAGGCCCCAAAGACUGAAGAAACUUCUCAAUCUGGAGAUCGGAUAUUUGCCAGUCCUCUUGCCCGAAAACUGGCAGAAGAUAACAAUGUCCCAUUGUCAAGUGUGAAAGGUAGUGGUCCUGAUGGGCGUAUUCUUAAGGCAGACAUUGAAGAUUACUUGGCUUCUGUAGCCAAGGGUGGCAAGAUGGAGGCUCUUGCUGCUCCAGGAUUAAGUUACGUAGAUAUUCCAAAUGCACAGAUAAGAAAGGUUACCGCGAACCGCCUUCUAGCAUCGAAACAAACAAUUCCACAUUACUACUUGACAGUUGACACACGUGUCGACAAACUUAUCAAGUUGCGAGCGGAACUGAACCCUCUGCAGGAUGCCUCUGGUGGAAAGAAAAUAUCUAUCAACGAUCUUGUUAUAAAGGCUGCAGCUUUGGCUCUUCAAAAGGUCCCUCAGUGUAACAGCUCAUGGAUGAAUGAUUUUAUUCGUCAAUACCACAAUGUGAACAUCAAUGUUGCUGUUCAGACUGAGCAUGGACUGUUUGUUCCAGUAAUUAGGGAUGCAGACAAGAAGGGACUUGGUACAAUUGCUGAGGAGGUGAAGCAGUUGGCUCAAAAAGCAAGGGAGAACAGCUUAAAACCAGCAGAGUACGAGGGUGGCACGUUCACCGUAUCAAACUUGGGAGGUCCAUUUGGAAUUAAACAAUUCUGUGCCAUCAUAAAUCCUCCUCAGUCAGCAAUAUUGGCCAUUGGUUCUGCCGAGAAGAGGGUGAUACCGGGUGGCGCUGAUGCUCAGUACGAGUUUGGUUCAUUCAUGUCAGCUACGCUAAGCUGUGACCACAGGGUUAUUGAUGGUGCAAUUGGUGCGGAAUUUCUGAAAGCGUUCAAGGGCUACAUUGAGAACCCAACCUCAAUGUUGCUGUGAAGUUAGGAUGACCAACACUAUUUUUCUCCCAAGUUCUUGAAUAACUCCGCAAAACGGUGCUGCCUCCAUUUUUGUAUAAGAGUCUCAUCACGGUUUCGAGGACCUGGAAACCAAGAGCACCGAACCAACACAGCAUGGCCUGAUUCGUGGAUUGAAAGAUUUUUUUCUUCCGGUUUCCAUUUUGGUUCUAACCAGUGUUACGCUGGAAAGUAGGAUCAACUUACAAGCCUCAUUGACACCAAAAAAAAAUAUUGUUUUGUUGUCGGCGGUUAUGACACGAGAAUGGCACUCUCCGGAGAAUUCUGUGGUAUAGGAUUUGCAUUUUCUGUGCUGAGAGAAAUUAGUCGGAAUAAAUGAUGUCAAUAUUGGGAGAAACUCUGGUUUUUCACCUUUGCUAUGCAACACUAACGAGACCAGAUGUCCAUACGUUGGUUGGACUAA